UAGAGCACGGCGUGCCUAUGUGCAUGCCUGUGUGCAUGCCUAUGUGCAUGCCUGUGUGCAUCCUGACUCGCGCCCAGGGGCUGCCGAUGCUCACCUCGCAGCGCGUGUCCCCUGCAGCCCGCAGGACUCUUAGUGUUUUGGCUGCGACUUCUACUCGCCGCGUUUAUCAAUCUGCACGGCAAACCCGCUGCAGUAAGAAAUAAACCAAUUUCCAUGUGGACUGGUUGUUACUCUACACGAAAGUGUAGCCUUUAAAAACUGUGAUUCGCUGCAGAUUUUGGGGGCUACCUUCUGGACAUUUUUUGGAUAGCCUACUCCUUUGCUCAAUUGCAAAGGGACUCGACCUGAUCCUCUGCAGUCCUGAAUGCUGUCGAUUUAAGCCUCAUGCUACAACAAACCUCCUGAGGCCCCCUGCACACCCACGGACGCCCCCCCCCCCAGGUGACACAGCUCUGUGGGAGAAGCGGAGGGCGUACCAUGAAACACAUGCCCAUUUCUAAAUGGCUGACCCAGCUGGACCUCCGGGAGUACCUCAGACUCUUUGAUGAGGAGUACGAUGGAGUGGAGGACCUGCUGGGCGUGACGGAGCUGGACCUGCAGCAGCUGGGCGUCCACAACCGUGUGCAUCGAGUGCACAUGCUGUCCAGCAUCCGGGUGCUGCAGGAGCGCGACAGGGCCAUGGAGCUGAGGAUGAUGUCACAGGGGAGGUUUGCCAGUCUGCCCCGGAACGUCCACACGGACCGCCAGUGCUCUCUGGCCUCCUCCAUGGAUCUGCUCAGCUGUCGGCCAGCUGUCCUCGACGUGGAACCCAGGUUCCGGGGCGUCUCCAUCCACGGAACCCUGCCCCGUAAGAAGAAGGGCUCCUCCCCGGCCUGGGCCAUGGACACACGUGGCCACAUGGGCACCCUGCCAGCCCGCUCGCGCCUGCGGUCCCCCCAGCUCGUCCACAACGUCAUUGUGGAACACGGGCCCCCGCCAGCUGACAUGGAGUACCCCCCCAUGAACAGGGACUGGCAGAGCCGGGACCCCACCAUGGACUACGUCAAGUUCUCCAGGGACAAAUACAUCAUGGAGGGCCCUCCGGAGAAGCUGCGCAAGGAGCUGGAGGAGGAGCUGAAGCAGGCCAGUGAGGAGCCCCGCAGCCACGCCUGGUACCACGGCGCCAUCCCCAGACAGGUUGCAGAGACCUUCCUGCAGAGGGACGGGGACUUCCUGAUCCGGGACUCCGUAUCCAGCCCAGGGAACUAUGUGCUGACCUGCCAAUGGAAAAACAGUCCACAGCACUUCAAGAUCAACAAGAAGAUGGUGGCGGCAAGCGAGGCCUACUCACGGGUGCAGUAUCUCUUUGAGAGCGAGGGCUUCGACAGUGUGCCCGCCCUGGUGCGCUACUACGUGGGCAACCGUAAGCCUGUGUCGGAGGUUGUCGGGGCGAUCAUUUUCCAGCCCAUAAACCGGGUCCUUCCACUGCGCUGUUUGGAGGAGAAGUACGGGGCAGCACCCAUCCGGCAGGAGCCUGCCGCAUUGGGAAGGAAGUGCCUACCCACCAAGCGGCUCAGCCUGAACAUCACGAACGGGCACGGCCAGGACCACCCUCUGACCCGGGGGAAUCUCCUGAGGAACAAGGACAAAUGCGGGAGUCAGCCGGCAUGUCUGAACCACGUGCAGGAGAGACGUCGACCCCUGAAGACUCACCAGUCUGAGAGCUUCCUGCCACUCGGUUGCAAGCCACAGUCCCAUACCCAGUCCCAUCUCAUGGAUUCCCAGUCGAGCCCCAAGUCUCCCGUGUUUAGAACGGGCAGUGAGCCCGUUCUCAGCCCCACUGUCCCACGGAAACCCUGUUUCGAGAUGCACACUGGACAAGCGAUUCGAGGCUCGGAUAGCCAGCUGUACCCCAAGCCGCCCCCGAAACCCAGCAAAGUGCCCUCCACCAAGAUUCCUCGCUCCCCACGGCUACAUCCCAUCGCACCUCCGGCUCCUCCAAAGAAGCCCCAGAAGCCUCCACAGGAGCUGAACCCCGAGCUGAGCGGCUGUGAGCCUGGAUCCAGCACAGUGGCAGAAUGGGACAGAGCCACUGAGACGCACCCCAACGACGGUUAUGUGAAGCGGCUGAGAUCAGACGAGGCGAACAAGAGCUGCCCCGUGACAGUGGAAGCCAGCUUCUCCUGUGGCUCGGUCAACCGCAGCUCGUACCACAGAGCCAUCGAGGCUCUGGAAGAUAGCAGCGAGGAAUGGAGCGCAGAUAGGCAACACCUGGAUCUACUGGAGACUAAGAUGGAGAAGGAGGAGGAGCUAAUGGAGGUGAAGGCCAAGGUUUUCAAGCGGCCUGUAUUUGAGACGACUUCUGCAUUCAGACCUGCAGAGUUCGAAACCAGGCUCCUCCCCCCUGAGAACAAGCCCCUGGAGAUGCCAGUGCUGAAACAGGCCAAGCAGCUUCUAGUCUCUCAGGACCACAGAACCAUCGCCAAGACCCUGCUGUAUGCUGACAGCCAGGUGGCCAGAACUCUGAACGUCUCUGAAGAGAUGAGAUGCGCGAUGGGAGUGAACUCGGGGCUGGAGCUGGUGACCCUCCCCCACGGCAGACAGCUGCGGCAGGACCUGAUGGAGAGGCACAACACCAUGUCCAUCGGGGUGGCUGUGGACAUCCUCGGCUGCACAGGCACUUUGGAGGAGCGAGCCGCGACCCUUAACCGCAUCAUACUGGUGGCGCUGGAACUUAAGGACUCCAUGGGGGACCUUUAUGCUUUCUCAGCGAUCAUGAAGGCGCUCGACAUGCCACAGAUCACACGGUUAGACCAAACGUGGACCACCUUAAGAAGGAAAUACACACAUACGGCUAUUGUGUAUGAAAAGACCCUCAAGCCCUUUUAUAAGGGACUGUAUGAAGGCAGUGUUGAUGUGCCACUAAAGACCACCACUGUACCGCUCCUGGUGCCCCUGCUGACCCUGAUGGAGCGGCCUGCAGUGGCCUUUGAGGGCUUUGAGCACUGGGAGAACAAUGACCAGGGCUGCGAGAUUAUGCUUCGUCACUUGGAGGAGGCCAGGAAGAUGGCUGACAAUGCAGACGUGUACACCUCCAACACAGAGCGCAUCCUUCAAGACUUCCAACCCAAUGAGGACUUGCUGGAGAUCUUCAAGACAGACUUUCAGCUGCGGCUCCUAUGGGGAAGCCGCGGGGCAGCAGUAAAUCAGGCAGAGAGAUAUGACAAGUUCAAACUCAUCCUCACAGCUCUGUCCCGAAAACUGGAGCCCUGUGUCAAGCACACUGAACUAUGAACGAGAAGGAACUGGGCAGCAUGUAAAUACCCUAAUGAUGAGCAGGGUAACCGCUUAGGUGUCAAUCCACUGCUCACCCGUAAACUGCAGUUCAGUGGCUGAACCUUUCAACAGGCUGGACUUCCUGGUACUGUGGUCAUGAAAGAAUCUCUCUGCCCUAAAGAGCAAGGAAAUAGUUUGUGUACAUAGACUGUACUUAUACUAAAUAGGUUUUUAUUUAUAUAUAUAUAUAUAUAUAUAUAUAUAACAAAACUACACCAGCUCUCCUCAGACUGGUCCUUAGAAAUAGACCUUCAGCAUACAUCGAUCUUUAUGUUCUUAUUCUGAUCUGAUAUACCUUUCCUCCACAAGUUAGCAAUCCCGUGCUUUGACAAAAAUACAGUACAGGUUGCAAAUGUGAUCCGUUCCCUAACUUUGUCUAAGUUGAAUUUGUAGGUAAGUUGGAAUAAUACAGUAAUAAUAACACUACAUACGGUACAGUAAUGUACCUUGAACCGACAAACCACUGAAGCCAUGCAAUGUUUUCUUAAGCAUCACAAAGUAAUGCUCAUGUUCGUUAUUACAAAACAUUGUAUUUAACUCACAUUUCUAAUAUACUAGGCUUUAUUGCAGUCGAUUCAUAAGUACGAAUUGUCCGCAAGUCGGACAUUCUUAACCCAGGGACUUACUGUUCACCUCCUAUUGCAUUACAGGAGUGUCAUUCCAGUAGCUGUGUGCAGCAAAGUUGUAUUGGUUUAAGAAGGCCAUUGCAAACUGGAAUACAAAGUUUUUCUGAAACGAAUAUAAUUUCAUGUGUCACUACAAAGUAAUGAGAAAGGCCCACUGCUCUUUUGAAAAGCCAUAGAUGCCUAAGUUAUAAGAAUGUCUUAUCAGGGAAUUCUGGGUAAAUAUGGGAAAUAAGGAAAGAGGUAAGCUGAGUGUGUAAAAUGUGGGAAGCGGACCUGGAUGGAAGGCUGUCCUGGUUUACGAGGGGUUUAAAAGUGCUGUACGAACAGCGGAUUUUCUGUUGGCACGGUAUGUUGUAGAGUCAGAAGCGGUUGUAAAUAACAGUCACGGUCAGGUGUGAGCAUGUUAAGACUGUAAUAUGUUCUCCUGUUGAAACUGCCAUGUAUAUAAUCCAAAAGUCCUACUAUGGAGGGGCUUGGUGGAGAACUUAGCAAAACAUGUGUUAACAAAGCCCCACCUCACUGAUCCAAAUUAGUACCCAGCACACCCUGCUUUUACCAUCUCUAAUAUGGGACCUAUUCUCUGCUUUUAUGUAAAAUAUGCUUUUAUGCGAAAGUGUUUCUCAAUCCAGUCCUCGGAGACCCACGUUUUUGCAUAUAGGUGUAUUGUCUGGAAGGGAGCAAAAAUGUGGACUGUCUGCCAGGGAGCUGGAAGGGAGCAAAAAUGUGGACUGUCUGAGGGCCCCCAUGGACUGGGCUGAGAAACACCGUCUUCCAGUUCUUAGGACUUGAACCAUUUUCGCUUAGAAAACAGAUGGAGAGGUUUCAAGGUUUACCACGGCACAUUUGGCAGCAUAAAUAACGAAGAAAUCAAGACUAGAACAUACAGGUCCAAAAAUCAGAGCCCCUGCAGUCGGUGUUAGUCUGUGACACCCUCCAGCUGUACUUAAAAAAAAAAAAAAAACUGGAUUAAAAAGGUAUAUAUUUGUAAAGCUAUGUAAUUAGCACCUUAUAAUGUUAAGGAAUAACUGUUAUGUGAAUAUGGCUCUAAGCAAAUUAUGGACUGUUGUAAAGUUUCCUUGAGAUGUUUAAGUAAAUUAUUACCCAAAACUGAUUCAAUUUACAUUCAAGUAAUACAAAUUCUGGAACUCAGAGACGGGGGGAAAAAUGUGAUUCUUAUUUAUUUUAUUAGAACAAAUUCAAAUUCUCAGGAGAGAGCAGUCUUUCAAAGUGUCUCAAGAAUAAAAAGUAUAAAAGAAAAAUGUGCUCUGCAAGAUGCAGAAGUGCAAUCACUGUCAUUGUUCUGAUUAUUCCAAGUCCACUCAGUCAGAUUCAUGUGAAGGAUACUGCCACGGGGAUCCUGACACACUAAUGGAACAUACACUUGAGCAAUGGGAACAUUACGACAGACACCCUGCUUAGUACCCUGUUUUUAAUUACUCAACUGAAUCACUUAUGUCACAGUUUUCAGUUUUCUUCUGUUUUCAUUCAUUCCUUCAUUCAUUCGUGCAUGUUGGUAGCAAGUUUCAUGACAAUGACAAUUAAAGCACUUUUACUUUAUUCCUAGCAGGAGCAGGAAAAAUUAAAUUCUGAUUCAUCUAUGAA